CAUCUCUCGCUCAUCAUGCCUGCUGAAGCACCCCCCGUCAAAGCGGCCAAGAAGGGCUCCAAGAAAGCCGUCGCUAAGACCGUCAGCAAGACUGGAAAGAAGAGGAGAAAGUCCAGGAAGGAGAGCUACGCCAUCUACGUCUACAAGGUGAUGAAGCAGGUCCACCCCGACACCGGCAUCUCCUCCAAGGCCAUGGGCAUCAUGAACUGCUUCGUGAGCGACAUCUUUGAGCGCAUCGCCGGUGAGGCCUCUCGUCUGGCUCACUACAACAAGCGCCGCACCAUCACCUCCAGGGAGAUCCAGACCGCUGUCCGCCUGCUGCUGCCCGGAGAGCUGGCUAAACACGCCGUGUCUGAGGGCACCAAGGCCGUGACCAAGUACACCAGCUCCAAGUAAACUCUGCUGCUGACAUACCAACAACACAAAGGCUCUUUUAAGAGCCACCCACUUCAUCUACUGCUGCUUUCUUCUUACAAAGUGUCUAAUAUACGUCAACAUGAUUUCCAUUUUAAUAAAACAAAAAUAAUACUUAUGGUCUACUCUAAGUGAACAACACCCUUCUUUUUUUAAGCUGGUUUUGAAAUUAUGUAUUGGUGGUAGUGAGAUUAAACUGCCAUGCUCACUGGAUCAUCUUCCUGUGAUCUGGCUUUUACUAUUUA